AAUACUUUAACUUGUAUUUGUAAAAAAUGGCUACACUUUAUGGUAGUGGCAAGGGUCUUGUCCGGCUUAUUGCUGGCCUGCAAAUCAUGAUAGGAAUCCUCUUUUUCGUCUUUGGGAUAGUGUGUACGACAUUGCUUUGUCACUGGACUUCAACAGCCGGUCUAGGCAUUUGGGUUGGGAUCAUUGUCGUAGCCACAGCAGGCAUUGGCUUGUAUAGUUGCUCAGUUUCUGGACAACAAAUGAUAACAUGGUAUUCAUGGGCAUCAAUAUUCUGUGCUCUCCUGUCCAUUAUGAUCUGCAUCUCCUAUGGUACAUCAAUGUCCGACUUUUAUGAUGAAUUGAAUAGUAAUGCCAAUCCUGUUGAUGAUUUCUACUCAAGAAGAUAUGUUGCUGUGUACAUGAGAACCUACUAUUACGAACACUGUGUAUCUGACAAACGAAAAGCUGAAAUUGAGAAGGAACGAACGGGAUACAGUGAUAUCGUGGUCAUUGAACUUGAUGAAGAGAACAACCUUUUAAUAGAGAUGACGCUUCACGGCCGGAAAGGAUUGGGGUUGUCUGCGGUGAUUAUGUUCCUUGGGGCAAUUGAGUUUGUGUUUGCUUGUUUUUCAGUCAUGUAUUCAUGCACUGCAGCCGGUUGGUUUAUCAAAAAGCCAGAAGACACACCAGCUAGGUCGAGUCAUACCAUCCAUCAUUCUCAAGCAAGUCAGGUGCUAUUGCGUUAAUUCAGGACAAUACUAAAGUGGUAUAUAUACACACACUAAUUUGAGUAAUUUCUUUAUGUGUUUACUCUGUCCCAUAGUAUUUUAUUACAAAAGUUCUUUUGCAUUUAAACAGGUACAAUAAAUGAUAAUUCUGAAAUCAUUUCAUCAAUAUUUCGUUUCAUGUCAGCUUGAUGGUACCUACAGUAUAAUUAAUAUGCAGUGCAUAAUAUAAAUCUCUAGCAUACAUGUAGACAGGUACCAAAGCAGAAGUGCUGGAAUUACCAUAUAACAAUAUUAUACAUUAAAUUUUGAUCAAUGUAUUUUCCAAUAAUGCUUAUUAUUCUCAGAAAGGUACAUUACAUAUAUUUGAUUCAAAGGUAAUGUCUGAGUAAGCAAAAAUGUCUUUUUUGGAAAGUUCAAGCCCCUAUAGCCCUAAAUUGUUUCCAGCACCCCUGGUAAGAAAAUAAUGUCAGUAGGCAAAAUGAGAUAUCAAAGUUUGAGGUUUGCAUGCAUUACCACAUCUAAGGUGUUCUAUAUUAUUAUGCUCAAGGGAAAAUAUAUUUGUAUAUUGGUGCUAUACUUAAAAAUAUUGAUUUGUAAACUCUUUCAACUUAAUAUAUAUGCAAGCAUAAAGCAUUGUCAUUUGGUAUUAUGUAAUAUAGCUUCAUUAAGAUUAAUCAUAAUGAGCAUGAAUGUAAUUUUGUUGGCUGUACAUUUUUUUAAAAAUAAAGACAAGAAUAAU